AUGCCCGAUCUUUCGGCAUUCUGCAUGGAACUGCUAGAAGGCUUCGUCUUCGUCUGCUUCCGGCGUUCCGCAGAGGUGGUUGUGCGUGAAUUAGAACAUUCCGCCCGCCCAGCCGAGAUGCUGGCAUACCCAUUCUCCCAUAUGACAACACUGGAUGCGCUAUUAUCGCAUUUCUAUGCCUCGUCACACGAUGAGACAGUCGGAAUCAUUGCCUACCUUGACCCUCAUCCGGAAUGGAGAGAAGUCGAAGUCGACUGUGUCCUAUUUAGCAAAUCUCUGCAAAGAACUGCUGCUGCGACGGAAGCACAUUACCUCAUGCUCUACAAUGCGAUGCAAGUGUCAGAUCCGCCGUAG